UGUUGGUAUAUUCCAACUGUGUGCAGUCAGACGAAAGAUGCUUGUUCAAGCGUGUUGAAAAUUGCUGUCACCAAAUGCAUUUAACGUGAGAUCAUCUACAAUACACGCUCGUUAUUGUAGAACAGCGACUAGAUUUAGCAAAUGUCCUGAAGAUGGACGGGUGGAGUCCAAUUGUUGCAACCUUUUCCGACGACGAGCGGUCAAGCUCUGAAGGCGAGUAUACAAUCGGAACUGGACAAUCUAAAGACACUGAAAAGGGACAGAAUGAGAAGGGAGUAGACGAGGGAGCUACCACCGGAUUUGGUAUCACUGGUUUUGGGGACAAAUCACUGAGGCUGAAUCGGACUGGACCGACAGCCGAGCAAGAACUCCGCUACUUGCACUUGCUUUGGGAACCAGGUCGACCUGGCGCUUCAACGGGAGUCGGAAGCAAAGCGGGGAAAGUGACAGGGAGCAGAGCCAGACGCCAUAUCAGAGUCCGGCGGAAUGUGGGGCCAAUAGGGAAAGAUGUAUAUGCUGUGAGGAGGCUCAGAGAAGCUGCAAAUGGAAAUGACAUAGACACAGUGCGUCGGCUUCUGGAGGAAGACAUUGAUCCCUGUGCAGCAGAUGACAAGGGUAGAACAGCCUUACAUUUCUCUUCCUGCAAUGGAAAUGAGACUAUUGUCCAGCUGCUGUUGAGCUAUGGGGCAGACCCAAACCAGAGGGAUAGCCUUGGAAACACCCCACUACACCUGGCGGCCUGUACCAAUCACGUGCCUGUCAUCACGACUUUGCUGAGGGGAGGCGCCCGUGUGGAUGCACUGGACCGAGCUGGACGGACCCCGCUGCAUUUAGCGCGCUCUAAACUCAACAUCUUACAAGAUGGAGACUCACGGAGUUUGGAGACACUACGAGGGGAAGUGACACAGAUCAUUCAGAUGCUGAGGGAGUACUUGAACGUGAUGGGACAAAGCGAGGACAGAGAGAGGCUUGAACACAUCUCGACACAACUGCAGCAUACUCGCACUAAGGAACAGGUGGAUGAGGUGACGGACCUGUUGGCAAACUUCACAUCACUCAGUCUACAGAAUUUAGGUGAUAGGUAGAAAAGGUCACCAAGUGGAGAACAUUGGUACGAUGUGGUGUGUGUGUGUGUGUGUGUGUGUGUGUGUGUGUGUGUGUGUGUGCGCGUGCGCGCCAGCAUCUCUGAUUGAGACAACUUUGACAUU